AAUAUUGACCUUUUCAGAAAAAGUUUUAUUAAAGUUUAUAUUCUGUGUUUAGAACAGUGUUGAUACUAUUUGUGUGAACUGUGUCCAAUGUAGUCAAACAUUAUAUCUUUUGGGGAUUUGGCAAAUAUGGUUAUCAGACGUUAUUGUGAUCCAAUAAAUAUUAAGCACUUAUGGGACGCGAUAAGAUCGAUCAAUUUGGCUCAUCAGAUUUGUGAUUCCCAAAAAAUCUACAAAUAUCUUCAAAAAAUCACUGAGUGCUCUGUAAGUCAGGUUGAAUUGCAUAUUAAACAAGCUCUUAAAGAUAAACUGAUUUUGACUGGGAAGAAAAAUGCGGAAGGUGUUCCACAAACCUUUAGAAUUACAGACCAAGAGUUGCCCGAAUUAGAUGGCAAAGAUUGGUACUGUUUUGAGUGUCAUUUAGCUGGUGAAGUAACACCUUGCGCUAAAUGUUUCCGGGUGUAUCACAUAGAUUGCAUUAAAGGCGCAAAACGUAGAUUUGAAUCAUACCAGAGCAGGCGUAAUGUGGAUCAGGGUCUGGAUUCAAGCCGUUUGAACUUAUCAUCAUCGGACCUUUGUGUGAGCUCAAGUAAGGGCAGAUUGGACAACCAUAUAAAUGACCUUAUAUAUGAUGAGAAUUUAUGCAGCAUCUGUAAUAUAAUGAACAAUGACAAGGAAUGCCAACUUUCAAAGGCGGAAAUGAAUUACUUGCUAAAGUUUGUUUUGCAUAGAAUAAGAGCUUGGUUACCAAACACCAUUACUCACACUAUGGCUCAAGAAGAUAGGCCGGAUUGGCUUACUGAUUCUGAACUUACCUGGAGAGCAAAUCAGUUAUUUUUUGAGCAUCGAGACAUGUCAGUGAUUGAGGUGAAUUUAAAUACAGAAUAUUACACAGUUUUGGCGGAGUUUCUCGCCGAUGUUUUAAGUGUGCAACACAAUGUUGCACUUUUUCAUGGAACUGACUCUCAAGAAUAUCAAGCCACGGAAUUUGUGGUGAAGGAUACGAUGCACGAUUUAAUGGAAAUUAAAAACUGUGCCGAUUGUUAUAGACACAGUAAUGAAAAAAUUAAUACGAAAUGGUUCACUUUACCAUGUCGUGAUCCACAUGAAUUAGUUUGGGCGAAGCAAAAAGGCUAUAGCUAUUGGCCGGCCAAGGUCAUGAGGGAAAGUUCCACACAUUGUGAUGUUAGAUUUUUUGGAGGUAAACAUGAAAGGGCUUAUUUGCAUAAAUCGUUUAUAAAGCCCAUUACAGUGGCGAAAGAAAGUCUAAAGAUAAAACCAAUUUCCACCUUUAAUAAGGCUUAUGAAGAAUUAGCGUAUCAUCAAAAAUUACUAUCUGAUCCAGAAGAACUUGAGAGAGUUAAGGCUGAUGGUAAACCAAAGAAAAUAUUUAAACAAAAAGUACUAUUCUCCUCUCAUGAAACAAAUGCUACCAAUCCCCCACUUAGUCCUGUAAAGGGCAAAAAGCGAUCUUUGGUGACUGACGAAAAACCGGACAUUAAAAAACUUCACCUGAAUAUAGAGGACAAAACUAGCAGUAGUGCUAAUACAAGCUCGAAUGCCAAUGAAAUUUCGGGGAAUAUCAUUAACAUAUCAGAUUGUGAAGAUGAAGAAUCGUCAAGUUUUUCAUUUCGGGGAAGUACCCUACCUCAAGAAUCCUUCAGUUAUGAAGACACUUGUUAUGAACAAGUUACAAGUUCAACAGAAAACUGUAACAGAAGUCCGAGCCAGGAAACUGGAAUGCAGCAGUUGGACCAACCUUAUAGUGACGCAGUAGAAAAAAUGAGACGACGCUUGGAAUCACUGACAACCAAAAAAGAAAUAAUUCGAUAUGCUAUGGAGAGUAUGCAAACAGAGAUUGAUAGAGUAACCAACAAUCACAAUGAUCAUCUAAAGAGGUUAUUUGAAUCGCAUAAUGCCCAGAUUUCAGAAACCAAGAAGAAGCAAUGGUGUUACAAUUGCGAGCAAGAUGCCAUUUAUCAUUGUUGUUGGAACACCGCUUAUUGUUCACAGACGUGUCAGCAGCAACACUGGCAGUCUGAGCACAAAAAAGUGUGCAGGCGUAAACGACAGACUUAAUGGUUAUAUUGGAAAAGUAAUACUUUACAAAUAAAAAAUAUUGCUUAUUUUAAUUAGAAUAAAGUUUGUCUUUGUUAGCUGUAGAA